AUGAUAGACCACGUCCUCGGACGGCCGUCGUCCAAGUCGAGGCGUCUACAAGUCCUGGCCGUAUUGUCGUUUUGGACGUUUUACCUUUACAAAGGCCAUAAACACGGCCCAUCGUUUGCCCAAAAAAUCUCCAAAUUCUUCUCUCGACGCUUGACAGCAUGGCAGACGGUCAUCAUCACCAUGCUAUACCUUUACGCCGCCCGCAACUUCAGUGCACUCGUCGGCCUGGCCAGUCCCGAGCCCAUGGCCAACAUGUACGAUCCCACCUACUACCGGGCCACUUGGAUCUUGACCGCGUUGGACGCCGGAUUCUGGACCGCCAUGAAGAUUCGAUCCAAGUGGCUGCGUGACCUUGCCAGCAUCGUCUUUUCUCUAUACUAUCUCGUCGCCGCCGAAAAGGCAGACGAAAAGGUCCGCAAGGUCCGUGGAAUGAUUACGGUCGAGCACCUACGAGUUGCCUGGAACAAGGGAACGACGCCGUACUUGGGCUUCCUCCAGCGUCUUGUGCGACCGCGGUUCACAAGAUGGCCGCCGAGACAAGUCCGUAUCCCGCGACCUACCAACAGUGAUUACAAAGAAGCCGUUUCUGCUUGGCUUUACUACGACGGCCCGCUUGCCGAUUUGGAGCACCAUAACAAGCUCGUCUUGGAUGUUCCUGGCGGCGGGUUCGUGGCCAUGGAUCCUCGAUGCAACGACGACAAGCUGUUUGCCUGGGCUGCGAAGACUGGGCUGCCCAUCCUCAGCAUCGACUACAAAAAGGCACCCGAGUAUCCGUACCCUUUCGCUCUAAACGAGUGCUUCGACGUCUACGUGACGCUCGUCAAGUCCCGGGGUAGAUGCAUCGGCAUGUCCGGCAAAGAGAUUCCCAAAAUCGUCAUUACCGGAGACAGCGCAGGCGGAAACCUGGCUGUUGCAACGACGCUCAUGGUGCUCGAGACUGGAAUCAGCCAUUUCCGACGCUCUUCAGGAGUGGGCAAGCUGCCGCCCCCGGACGGCCUCGUCUGCUUCUAUCCCACGCUGGACAUGAACAUCGGAAACUGGAUGUCGGAUGAGCAAAUGUCGCUUAUUCGAGACAGGAGGAUGAGGAAAACGAACAAAACCAUCAUGAAGAGGAAGAGCAUGCAGUACAACGACCUCGUGGGAACGCCGCAUCACUCCGACGACGAGGAUGGGACACCUCCGCUCAAACAGCCAACCGAUUCCCCUGCCAAUACGAAUGGCGGAUCGCGACCCGAGUACUGUCAUGCCGGCCCCAAAACACUUACUACUUCUCAGAGCUCCGAUGAGAAAAAGGACGGAGCGGUAUCUCAUCGCGCAGAGCCCAUGAAGACUCGCCUGGCGACGUCAUCCAUGAUAUCCUACUUCAACGACCGGGUCCUCACCCCCGAGAUGAUGCGCGCCAUGAUCAUCUUAUACAUUGGCGCGCACAACCGCCCCGACUUUACGCAGGACUAUUUCCUAAGCCCGGUCCUCGCCCCCGAGGAGCUGCUGGAAAACUUCCCUAAGACGUACUUCAUGACUGGAGAGCGAGAUCCCCUAGUCGACGACACCGUCGUCUUCGCCGGGCGUCUGCGGCGGGCAAAGGAGGCGGCAGCGCGACGACAGCUCUCCCGGUCGUCGGUCGUAGACGAGAACUGGGCGUUUGACGACAAGGAGGUCACAGAGGUGCUCCUCAUCCCCGGCACAUCUCACGGCUUCAUGCAGUUCCCAGGCGUCUACCCGCCGGCAUGGAAGCACUUUGACCGCAGCGCCGCCUGGUUCGACCAGCUCUUCCUCGACGCCGAGACGCAGCGAGCAGAACAAGCCAGACGCGCAGCAGAACCCCCCAAGACACACACAACAAACGGCGACUUUCGACGCCAGUCGGUGGCCGAGUCCAGCGGCGACGAAGACCGGCCCCUGGAAAUCAGCAUGACCAAGUUGUCUCGCGGACGCACCCUGACGCAGCAGAACGGGGACGCCAACGGCCACACAAACGGCGACACGACGACGGAGUCGAGCUCGCCGCCAAUCGACGGCGAGAAGAACGCCAGGAAGCCCAAGAAGGGGCUUCGGGGGAACAAGAGCCUGGUGAAGCUGACGAGCUCGGAUGACUUGCUGGGACGAAGGAUGCACGGGCUCGCGAGUGGGUUGACGAGCACGGGCGAUGAUGAAUGA